AUUACAAUUGCAUAUUCAUUUUAACGUAAUCAAUUCUAUUUGAAACCAAUAUAAGUGCUAUUUAGUGUGUUUCAGUUGUUCUACAAAAAAAGAAUUUAACGAAAAAUUACCCUAGGCUACCCUUCAACUCAUUGCCAGGUCUGAAACCUGCUUACAAGUGCCGGGGGAUCCCGAUCCCUUGAGACUUAUGAGGUGAAGACCAAUGUAAAUAUAGCAACACUGGUCAGCUUGUGCACCUAUAAACUGUGCGAGUCGACCUGUUGUAAUCAGAUUGUGAUGAUAAAUUUGAAAACAAAAAUACUUUAGUAGACAAUGUUGGCUUUCAUUCGGCGACCACGCCGCAUAUCCUCGUCGACAUGUGUCUUCUGGAAAGCAAAUGCCAGCUCAAAACCAUUCCCGGUUUUGGCUUCCCAGUUAACCUUUGAUCCCUCACAAAUUGAAAAUGGUCAAAAAUUCAACGCUAUGCACGAGAAAAGGGUAGAAUACUGCCGAAAUGGAGGAGGGUCAAAGGGUGUGGAACGCCACGUAAAAAAGAACAGGAAGGUCCUAGUUUGGGAUAGGAUUGAGCAAAUCUUAGAUGAAGCUGCCAUGGACGAUUUCUUGGAAGUCGGAGCCACAGUGGGAAUUGAUCUGGAAUACGGAGACGUGCCUGGGGGCGGAACUGUCACUGGAAUAGGGCGGAUCAACAAUACCCAUGUCAUGCUAAUAGCCAAUGAUGCCACCGUGAAAGGUGGCACUUCUUAUCCCAUUACGGUUACCAAGUCACUAAGAGCACAGGAGAUCGCGCACAAUCUCAGAAUUCCGACGCUAUAUAUAGUGGACACUGGUGGGGCGUUCUUACCCCUGCAGUCGGAGAUUUUCCCGGACCUGAAGCACGGUGGGCGUACCUUUAGAAAUCAGGCCAUCAUGAGUGGAGAGGGCAUACCACAGAUUGCCUUGGUAUCAGGAAUGUGCACCGCCGGAGGGGCGUACACUCCGACCAUGUCGGAUGAGGCAAUAAUGGUGAAUAAGAUUGCUAAUAUCUACCUUGGAGGACCCCCAUUGGUCAAGGCAGCCACUGGAGAAGUUGUGACUGGCGAACAGUUGGGCGGAGCCCGACUUCAUUGUGAGACCAGCGGCAUUGCUGACCACUUUGCCGAGACUGAAGCUGAAUCAUUUGAGAUUGUCAGAGACAUCAUUGCCACCCUCAACAUCAAUGAGAACUGGCCGUCCAAUGCUAAACCAGUGGAUCCACCUGAGGGGCAAGCGGGUGACUUGAUUGCUCUCAGUGGAUUUGAUAAACUAAAUAAGGAUGCCAUAUACAGCGUAGUCAGAUGCCUCUUGGACGGCUCUAGGUUCACCGAGUUCAAGAAACGGUUUGGCCCCAACUUGGUGACCGGAUUUGGAUUCUUAGAUGGGCGUCUCAUUGGUGUCCUUGGCAAUGGCGGGGAUAUCACUCAACAAGACGCCCAAAAAGGUGCUCACUUCAUCCAGCUCUGUGAUCAGAGGAGUAUUCCUAUACUUUUCCUUCAAAACAGCUCCAAUUCCGGCUUGGAAACUUCGUAUCAAGAUGAAACAAUCCUUAAAGAAAGAGCCAAAAUGAUUCGCGCUCAAGCGGUAGCCAGGGUUCCCAAAAUUGCAUUAGCAGUGGCGCCAGUGUGUCAUGACGAGCUCAUGACCAUGUGUGGUCCAUCCGGCAACCCUGAAUUCAAUUUCAUGUGGCCAGGAUCUGGUUUGAAAAAGCACGGCUUUGAGUGCUCGCAGAUUUGUGACUCCGAUCCUGUGGAUGUGUCAAUGGGAAGCGCCCAAUAUUGGUCGUCUAGGAGCACAUGUGAUGGAAUUAUUCGACCUCAAGAGAGCCGAAUGGUCCUGGCCAAAGCCUUUUACCUCAGUUGUCUCAAUUUUCAAGCCAGACCUGGUCGAAAUGGGGAGGGAAAUAAAGCGGGUGACUUGAUUGCUCUCAGUGGAUUUGAUAAACUAAAUAAGGAUGCCAUAUACAGCGUAGUCAGAUGCCUCUUGGACGGCUCUAGGUUCACCGAGUUCAAGAAACGGUUUGGCCCCAACUUGGUGACCGGAUUUGGAUUCUUAGAUGGGCGUCUCAUUGGUGUCCUUGGCAAUGGCGGGGAUAUCACUCAACAAGACGCCCAAAAAGGUGCUCACUUCAUCCAGCUCUGUGAUCAGAGGAGUAUUCCUAUACUUUUCCUUCAAAACAGCUCCAAUUCCGGCUUGGAAACUUCGUAUCAAGAUGAAACAAUCCUUAAAGAAAGAGCCAAAAUGAUUCGCGCUCAAGCGGUAGCCAGGGUUCCCAAAAUUGCAUUAGCAGUGGCGCCAGUGUGUCAUGACGAGCUCAUGACCAUGUGUGGUCCAUCCGGCAACCCUGAAUUCAAUUUCAUGUGGCCAGGAUCUGGUUUGAAAAAGCACGGCUUUGAGUGCUCGCAGAUUUGUGACUCCGAUCCUGUGGAUGUGUCAAUGGGAAGCGCCCAAUAUUGGUCGUCUAGGAGCACAUGUGAUGGAAUUAUUCGACCUCAAGAGAGCCGAAUGGUCCUGGCCAAAGCCUUUUACCUCAGUUGUCUCAAUUUUCAAGCCAGACCUGGUCGAAAUGGGGAGGGAAAUAAAGUAUUUCGAAUGUGAGAGUCCAAUACACAACAUAUACAAUAAGCGACUCUACAAUAUGAUUCUUCAACUCCUGCCACAAAUUUCGGAUUCAUUCAGGCUAUCUCAAAACUUGAUUAUUAGUGUCCCCCAACUAUUUGGCACCAACUUGCUGCCGGACGACUGUAAAUUGAUUGGACUUGGUUGUGGCUAAAGAGCUCAAUCUUAGUCUCAUCCGACCACAGUACAGACUCCCAAAAGGU